CGCAACCUUUUUAUCCUGUAACUCUACAAUGUCUUUAAGAAAAGGGAUGUUUGCACUGAGCAUUCAAGUGUUUGUUGCAGUUAUGUGUUCUUCCAUGUCAAUUCAGAAUCAGAACUUUACCGUAGACGAAACACAGGAUGAACGCAUAGAACACAUGGAAAAUGUGAUUAAGACAUUGGAAAGUAAAAUAGAAAUCUUAAAUAGUACAAUGACUAAGGGAUCAGAUCAAUCAGCGGUCAUGUUCUAUGCUUUAAUAAAAUCAGCAAGUACUAUUUAUCUGAGUGCAAAGUCAACAGUUGUCUUUGAAUCAGUCAUGUUAAACAUAGGAAGUAAUUACAAUUCAAAUGAUGGGGUUUUUGUUGCACCAAGGAAAGGGGUGUAUCUGUUCUCCUGGACCGUAUCAAGUACUGCAUCUAAAUACAUACUAACUCAGCUUGUGGUUCAGAAUCGGAUUAUAUCGAAUGCUGGUGAAACUGAUACAGAUCCAUUUUAUCAUUCCGCGUCUAUGACAGCGUUAUGUAGGAUGCAGAAAGAUGAUCAUGCAUUUAUAAGAACUACAGCAUAUGGAGGAGAGAAUGCGAUUUAUAGCUAUGACCAACGCCCACGAUCGUCGUUUCUUGGGAUGCUUGUUCACAAUGAAAACUAAAGCGUCUAAUAGUUCUGACAUUUAAAAAUGAA